UCCUCCUCCAACACAACACAGUAUAAUUAAGUACACUGCAGUGCAAUUGUGCAAUCGAGUCAAUCGAGUCAAUCAAGUCAAUUGUGUCAAUCAGUAAUGAGCGCUUCUGGUCAUCCCUGUCAUCCCAAUUGACUCUGGUCGUCUACAACAUGCCCCCCGCCGCCCUCUGGCGCACUCUGCGCGCUCACCAGGUCUACGGCGCCAACACCGACGUCGGCAAGACCAUCGUCUCGACGCUGCUGUGCAAAGCCCUCCAACCCCAAGGGCCAGUCUCUUUCCUCAAGCCCGUCUCCACGGGGCCUCUGGACGAAGCAGACGACCGACACAUCCAACGCUACGCCCCGCACACCCGCACCCAAUGCCUCUACCAAUUCGACGAGCCCGUCAGUCCGCACAUCGCCGCCCACCAACCCAGCCAGCGCACCACCAGCGUCCCCAGCGUCCCCAGCGACCGCCAGCUCCUCGACGCCAUCCACCAGACCCUCACCAGCUGGGCACACCCGCACCAGCCCGCGCAUGCGCUCGUCGAGACCGCGGGCGGGGUGCACUCGCCGGGCCCCAACGGCACCUCGCAGGCCGACCUGUACCGCCCGCUGCGGCUGCCCAUUAUCCUGAUCGCGGACGCCCGGCUGGGCGGCAUCUCCGCCUCCAUCGCCGCCUACGAGUCGUUGCAGCUGCGCGGCUACGACGUCCACUCCGUGCUGCUCUUCCGCGACGACUACUACCAGAACCACGGCUAUUUGCACGCCUACUUCGCGAAGAAGGCCAUCCCGCUGGUGGCGGUGCCGCCCCCGCCCCCGCGGCCCGACCCCACGGAUCCCGAUGCGGCGCGCAGGGAUGUCGAGGCGAUGCGGCGGUACUAUGAGCACACGGUCCGGGAGGGCCGGCUGGGGUCUGUGGUGGAGGCGCUGGAGCGCAAGCAUGUCGAGCGGUGGGAGCGGUUGGAGGCCAUGGCGGAGAAGGCGCACGCGAUGAUCUGGUACCCCUUCACGCAGCAUCGGGGGGUCGCGGCCCAGGACAUCAACGUGAUUGAUUCGGCGUGUGGGGAUUACUUUCAGAGCUAUCAGAGGGACACCCUGGAGGUCAGAGAGGCCGCCAGUGCCAGUGCCAGUGCCAGUGCGCUACGGGCGACCUUUGACGGAUCGGCCUCGUGGUGGACGCAGGGCUUGGGCCAUGGGAACCCGGACCUGGCGCUCUCGGCGGCGUAUGCGGCGGGACGGUACGGCCAUGUCAUGUUCCCGGGGAACAUCCACGAGCCGGCGCUGGCGCUGGCGGAGACCCUCCUCCAAAGCCAGGGGAACCCGCGGCUCCAGCGGGUCUUCUACACGGAUAAUGGCAGCACGGGGAUGGAGGUGGCGGUCAAGAUGGGCCUGCGGGCGGCGUGCGCGCGCUACGGAUGGGAUGCGAGCACCGAGCCGAUCCGCAUUCUCGGGUUGAAGGGCAGCUACCAUGGGGAUACGAUCGGCGUGAUGGACUGCUCGGAGCCGUCGACGUACAACAAAAAGGUGGAGUGGUAUCGCGGUCGCGGCCAUUGGUUCGACUUCCCCCAGGUGAGUAUGAAGGAGGGGAAGUGGACGAUUAGCAUGCCGGAGACGGCGCUGGGGGCGGAGCUGCAGUACGGAUCCUUGUCGGAGGUGUUUGACCUGGAGGCGAGAUUGCAUUCGGAGGCAGGGCGACGAUAUCGGGCCUACAUCCACCAGACCAUCCAACGGCUGGUGCAGCAGGAAGGGGUCAAGUUUGGCGCGCUAAUCAUGGAACCAAUCAUUCUGGGUGCGGGAGGCAUGCUAUUCUGCGACCCUCUAUUCCAGCGCUGCUUGGCGGACGUGGUGCGUCAACACCCGGAGCUUUUUGGGGAGCAAAUCGCUCCCCAGCCAUCCUCUCCCACCGGAGAGACCGAGGGCAACCGUGACUGGUCGGGAUUACCCAUUAUCUUUGACGAGGUCUUCACCGGGCUGUACCGAUUAGGCCGGCGAUCGGCCGCCUCGUUCCUGCAGGUACACCCCGACAUCUCCGUCCAUGCCAAGCUUCUGACCGGUGGACUGGUGCCCCUGUGCACCACGCUGGCCAGCGAGGAGAUCUUCCGGGCUUUUUUGAGCGCAGAAAAAAGCGAUGCGCUGCUGCAUGGCCACAGUUACACGGCGCACGCGGUCGGCUGCCAGGUGGCGGUCGAUUCGCUGCAGACGAUGAUGCGGAUGGACCACGAGGGGUCAUGGCAGGAGUACCAAAACGAUUGGACAAUUCCCACCCCCACCACAGAAACCUCAGUGUGGAGCGUCUGGUCCCACGGGCUGGUGCGGGACCUGUCGCAUGCAGCCUCGGUUGAGGGGGUGUUUGCGCUGGGGACGGUGCUGAGCAUCGCGCUCAAGGAUCAGCAGGGCGGCGGCUAUACGUCGACGGCGGCGCAGGGGCUGCAGCAGCGCUUAGCCGCGGGAUCGGAGCAGUUCGCGGUGCAUUCGCGGGUGCUCGGAAAUGUCUUGUACUUAAUGUCGAGUCUGACGUCCCAGCCGGGGUCGCUUCGGGGGAUUGAGGAAGUAUUGCGGGGGGAAUUGUUAUAACGAAGCUUCCAACUGGUAGGGAGAAAUUCCGGGGGAGAAUUCAGCCGAUCCUGCGGAGUACCAGCUGCACAAGUUCGGUCCAUACCAGCCAUUGUCGACCUUAUCUGAGUACUGGAAAUUUCGAUUGGGAGUUACUGUACUACAUUAACUACAUGACUUGUUCUACAAUUUAUUAGAAUCACGAAUUGCUCAUUCAAUUGGG